AUGGCCGCCGCGGCACGCGUCGCGUCGAGCUCUGGGGCGUCGUCCACGUCGCGCCCGGUCCCACCGAGACGACGCGGUCGCGUCGCCGCGUCCGCGGCGUCCACGGUCGCGACGGAUGCGGCGCAGCUGGCGGCCGGCGUCGUCGCGGGCGCGGCGCUCCUGUCCAUCGCGUGGCCGCUUCUGGAGCGCGAGCUCAGGCCGAUACGAUGCGCGAGGUGCCGGGGGAUGGGGUGGACAGUCUGCACCAACUGCAAGGGCAGGGGUAAGACGGGAUGCCCGCCGCUGAUGUACGCCACCGUCGAGCGCCGCGCGAAGAUGCGUCGAUCGACGGCGAGCGACGAUGCGGACUCGGAGGUGCCGAUCGACGGGAGCUGCGACGGGGUCAUGAUCGCCGGUCCGCCCCGGUCGAGGGAGGACGCGCCGACCUGCGCCGACCCCGAGACUGAGGCGGCGUACGCGCCGGGGUUGGUCGAGAGGCUGAGCUACUGCAGGGAAUGCGGGGGCAAAGGGCGGUGCGGGUGCGACGCGUGCAACCGAACGGGAAUCGAGAACAACUGGCUGUACGGUCCAGCGGCGAAUGGCGGGUGGGGGGCGAGGGGGCAGUGGCGCGACCCCGCGAACCCGCCCCCGCCCCCGCCGUAG